UUGUAUUAAUAAUAAGUAUUUCUUACAUUAUUAUCAUUCGUCAGUUUCGGCAUGCAAAAUGUUGAUCAUAAAAAGUAUGAUCAUUCUUAUAGCUAUGAUUGGGGUGACUUUCCUAAUCAAACAGUAUGGUCAUUCUACUUUUGAUCUAGGAGUUAUCCGUAUGUUUUCUACUGUAAAUUAUACCAGAGAUUCAAACAUUAGCAAAGGCUCUCCUUUGGCGGUGAAGGAUGUUAAGGGGGAAAAGCGGUGUGAUUGCUGUCAGUCUUCCUUUAUCACAAACUUUGUCCUAGUAUUGAUAUCAUCUAUUUGUGGAUUUCAUCUUCAUCGCAUUCUUUUAGGGUCACCUCCAAAGCAGGAAAAUCAUUCCAAAUUAUCUGAAGGAGAAACAAAAUUAAUCGAAGAAUUACAACAGAAGAUGCAGAAAGUAGAACAACGUCUUCAACGUUUACGACACCAAUUGUAUCAAUUAACAGAAGAACUCAUUCGUUCAUAAAGAUAAAAAUAACUGCCAUGAUUUUAUUUCUACUUAUUUCAAAUAUAUUUUGCAUAUUUAUGAAGUUUUCCUGUUAUAUUUUGUUGAUAAUAUAAACUAAAUUCGAUUCCAAA